CUGGGCGGGCGGGCGGCCUGUAGUAGCGGCCCUGGAGAGCGGCGUGGCGCGGUGAAGGCUUUGCACAGGGUGCCGAGCUCUUAGCCGUGUUUCUGCAGGCCGGACGGCAGGCUGGAAGCCCUGGUGAUGGGCACUGCGCGCAGCAGUCGGGGCAAGGUGGCGCGGGCUGUCGCGGCCUCCCAGGGGAGCCCCUGUGGCCGCUGUGCUUGGCAGGGCAGUCCGCGGGGGGCGGACUUAACUCCUGGUGCGGAGGGGGAAGCGUAAGCAGAGGAGGGAGUCGUUGCCUCCACUGGGAGCGCGUAGCAGGCCCGGGGGCUGAGGGGUGAGGCGCGGUUUGAGGAGCACCCAGCCCGGGUGUCCCGUCCAGUGGCCAGCCCGUUGGUGCAGCGGCGGCUCCGCCUCGGAGCCCGGCUCGCCCCGCUCCGCCUCGGCGGCCUCAGAGCCUGAGUCCUUGCUGUAGCCCCUCAUACCUCUGAGGCAGGAGCGUGGCAGGUCGGGGUAAGCGAGGCGAGGUGACUGUUUCUGUGGGAUGGAGAGGGGAGCGCACCGGGUGUCUUUAUCAUCCCCAGUUUGCUCCUUGCGUCACCCCUCCGGGGCGUGUGUUUGACCAGCCUCCAUCUACCGGAGCACUCCGGGGCCGCGGAGCCGUCACUCGGGGCCGGGGGGGUGGGGCGGGCGGGAAGUGCCCUCUUCCCCCCCCAGGUGCCGCGCCCGGCCCCCUCAAGGUGCAACUGCGCCACAGCUGUCGCGGUGGCCGUUAACGGACGUCCCGCCCGAGGCGGCCCGGGGCCCCGGCGGUGCGUCUUGGGCAUCUCUCUGCUGCCUAACGGUUUCGAGCAGUGAUGAACAAGUAGGCGUUGACAGCAAGACAGCAGAAUGGAGACGAAGUGCCGUAGUCGAUCCGUAUUUUGUUCCAAGACAACCAUCCAUACCUUUCUGCUAGGAGGGAUAUUUAUUGCAUUGGGCUCAAGCCGAAUCCUCCUGAUGAAGUAUUCUGCUAAUGAAGAUAACAAAUAUGAUUACCUUCCUACAACAGUGAACAUAUGUUCUGAAGUAGUAAAACUGGUGCUGUGUGUGGUAUUGGCACUAUGGGUUAAGAAAAAAGAGGGUUGUUGGAAUCAUCACUUUGAAUGUCUUCGGUGGAAGAAUUUUUGUAAUUCCAUGAAAUGGUCAAUUCCUGCCUUUCUUUACUUUUUGGAUAACUUGAUUGUUUUCUACGUCCUGUCCUACCUCCAGCCUGCAAUGGCCGUACUCUUCUCAAAUUUUGUCAUUAUAACAACAGCUCUCCUCUUCAGAAUAGUGCUAAAGCGACAACUCUCUUGGGUACAAUGGGCGUCUCUGCUGAUUUUAUUCCUAUCCAUCGUUGCCCUGACUCUAGGGACUGGAGGCCAUCAACACAGCUUAGCUGCACAUGGAUUCCACCACAACACGUUUUUUAGCCCAUCUAACCACUGCCUUCUCUAUGCUGGACCUGAGGAAACAUGCCCAGAAAAGGGCAACUGUAUGCCAUCAAGUUUCCUUCCUAGCUUUCAAUGGAAUGUCACCACUACCAUGGCAGGAGCAUUGAAACCUCUGCACCUGAGUCUGGGCCAUCUGCUUAUCCUAGUCCAGUGUUUUAUUUCUGCUCUGGCUAACAUCUACAAUGAAAAGAUCUUGAAAGAUGGGGAUCAGCUUGCUGAAAGCAUCUUCAUGCAGAACAGUAAGCUGUAUGCAUUUGGGGUGAUGUUCAAUGGGUUGAUGCUGGGGCUGCAGGCUAAGGACUGGAGGCAAAUAGGGAGUUGUGGUUUAUUUUACGGGCACAACGUCUUCUCGGUGGCUCUUAUAUUUGUCACAGCUUUCUUGGGGCUGUCCGUAGCCUUCAUCUUGAAGUUCCGAGACAACAUGUUCCACGUUAUGACUGCUCAGGUCACCACUGUGAUCAUCACCGCAGUCUCUUUCAUCGUCUUUGACUUCAGGCCUUCUCUAGAGUUCUUUUUGGAAGCUCCUAUAGUGCUUCUCUCCAUAUUCAUCUAUAACGCCAGUAAACCCCGAGACCUGGAAUAUACCACUCUGCGGGAAAGGGGCAAACUCUUCAAAGGAGACACAUGGGAGAGGUCAAGCGGGGAUGGAGAAGAAUUUGAGAGACUGAACAAACCAAGCAGUGACGUUGAUACAGAUGAAGAUUCACUCUAGCAUGGAGCUGGCUCAGAGAAGCGCUAUUACUCAUAGUGAGAGAACAUUAAUGUUUAUUUAAUGUAGAGAAUGAUCCUUUUUCCCCCACUUGCAGAGCAAUGGAGAAUAUUUGUGGGCUGGAUAUCAGAGAUGGAUGAGGAAAACAUUCAAACUCUUACUUUGAGCCAUAUGUAUGAAGAGCUGUAUUUCCUCUUUCCAUCAUUUUUUAAAAUAAGGAGUUAAAAACACACUGAAAUAAAUAGGGUUUAAAACUAAUGUAAAAAAAGGAGGCUGGGACCCUGGACUUAACGGUCUGGGUGACAUACGCGGUGUUGUGGAGGGCAGUCCUGACCUUUGGAUGGCUGGCAGCCAAGCACUCCAUGCUUCAUGAUUCUGUGUGGACAAAAUACACUCAUGACCAAAAUGGGAGAGCCUGUUCCUGAAAACCCUUCAGUUCCAUGAAAUGCCCCCCUAGCACUUACACAGUGCUUUCAGAAGAGAAGCAUUAUAUAAGCACAUAUUUCCAGGACUUUGAGUCAGGUGGCAUCUUAUGCUUGUCUUUGGUUUUACUGAGAGGUGAUUUUAGAAUUAAUUUCUUAUUGAAUGAUUUACAGGACUUAUUAGGCAAAUUUCAUAAGCCUCUUUACAGUUGGGAUUUGUUUGCUUGCUAGCAUGCCUGACAUUGCAAACUGGAAGAAGAGCUUUCCUAAUGUUUAGAUAUGCAGGCUUCAAGUCCACACCUGAUUCUAUUAGCUUCUUAAGUGAAACAGUUUCAUUCUUGCUCUCUCUGGCGUUGCAGUUUGCCCCUCAGUGUAUACCAGCAAUUUUCUUUGUAGUUCACUGCUACAAAAGUAUUUUUUCUUAUUAUCUAGAAGUCCGUUGAAAGUAUACUUUACACUGUCUGUAAAUACAGAGUUUUGAACUUUUAUAAAAACAACAUCAGGUUAAGAUCCAACUUUUUUUUUUUUAAUAGACUUGAUUGUAAUCAAAUGGAGAUGUGAUCUAACCAACUUGGACUGUGAAUGCUGCUUGAAAAUGUAUUUUAGAAUUAUGGCUAUUAUAAGAGAUCACAGCAGUGAAAGCAGUUAAAAGCUGUAGAAUUACUUGGCCAGUCUACAUUCUAGCAAUAAUGGGAGAAGCAAAUGGUGUGUGGGAGCAGUGAAAAGUACAUUAGAUUUGACUGAAGCAAUAUUACUUGAACAACACCAGGACUCCUGGGUUCUAACCCCAUGUCUUCCACAGCUUUGGUCAAGCAUCCUGAGUCACUGCAACUUCCUGUAUGAACUAUUUGGUUAGCAAAGCAGAGGUGAUAUGAGGUGAUAUCACCACCUUGCAGGAGUGAUAUGAGGAUUGAUGAAUGUUUUUGCAGCAUCUUCAAAUGUGUAAACGCUCCAGUAAGUCUUUUCUUUUUUAGUAAUUAAGAUUUAGUAAUAGCUUUAUAAAUAAUGAGGCAAAUUGACUGUUUUAUGGCAUUUUGGCAAUUCAGAUUCAGAUGACUGUAGCUGAGUUGAGUAAGUUUCCCUCUGAACCUAUCUCAUCAAACUUUCACUUGAGAAUAUAUAAUCAGAUAAUUUGGGUUAGGGAUACAUUGAUUCUUCAAACAGGCAGAUCUCUGGAGUGUGAGUCUGGUCUGAAUGGUCUUAAUUCUGUCUUCAUCAGAAUUUUUCGUUGAUGUAACUCUGUAUUGGCUCCUGUGGAGUCCUUUUCUUUCUGACUUUCUUUGAUGUGACUGAAAACAGAACAAAUUUCAUUGACUUUAGCCACUAGCUCUUCUCAAAUUUUCAGUGUGACACUGUUGUGUGCCUGUCUCCCAGUGUCUGGGAAAUUGAAAUAUGGAAUGCCUUUGUAGAAAAUGCUGAGUUUUACAUGCAACUUAUUUGGCAUAACUUUGAAAGAGCCUGAAUAAAAUAAAAGUAUAUUAUAUAGUUUGAGGGCACCAGAGGCUCUUUUUUGCUUUUAAGAAGGCUAUGUGUAGAGAGUUCCUUGCACUGGGACCACUAUAUGAAAACAAAUAUCAUGUAGCCACUCUGAUGCCCUACAACUUCUGAUACAUGAGCAAGAGGGUGCAGGUGGCGAGUUCGUUUGGUGACACUUCACCAAGUAAGACUGGUAAAGGUUUACACCCAUUUUGGGGAUGGAGGGGAGAGCAUUUUGUGGAGUGCCAGUUGCAGUGAUCUCAAAAUCAUUGAGACACUUGCUGGAUUGGCUUUUGAGUGAGAUGAAAAACAGGUUCCAAAUAAUUCAGAGAACCUUGAGAAGGGGGAAGGGAAUGGGGAUGCAGAAAAACGUUUCUUGAUGUGUUCUUAAAACCUCUUCUCUCGGAACACUGGAAAAGAUGUUAGCUUAUAAUUUCCUCCCUUCGUGAAUGGGUCUUUUUUUAGUGGAAAGAUACUGUUGAAAGAAUUCUUAAGAGGAUAUGUAAUGAAUUGAGUCUCAAAGCCUCAUACCACACUGUAUAGUAAUCAGCUACUGAUGCAUUCUUCUGUGGGCUGAAGACAGUUCUGCCUCUGUUCCAGUUUGCCAUCCUGUUUCCAGGCCUUGUGUACUAACAGCUUACUUACGCAUACCGUGUUGAUGGCUUACAGCUAUUUUAAUUAAUGUACCUCCUGUCACUGGCUCAUCAAGAGGGACAGCCUGUUUCCAGUUGUUGCCAAUGACGAUCAGCUUAUAAACUAAGAAUGUAAAUUAUUGUUCUAAUUUCUCACUUUUUUUUCCUGGAGUAUGAGCUUUUUCUAGCAUAUUUUAAGAAGAAUUACACAAAAUGAAAUUGCUGUUGUUUAUAUGAGAUGAUUGUAAGCAAUGUUGAACUGAAAAAAUUUUUACAGCUGAUUUCAUUGUUGUGCUUGUAGAGUAGCUGAUUUCAACAAAAAGAAUCCUAGUUGUUUGGAUCUGUACAGAAUGAUUAGGAAAGUGUAUCUGAAUAUAAAUUCCAGAAACAUGGUUUUUA